AUGGAUACCUUUGAAGAUUUGGCAAACUUAGCAGAGGAGUUUCAGGUCAAAACCACUACCAAAUUCACAGGCGAACCUAGGAAAUAUAGGAGUCGUCAGCUAUUUCAAGACACAUGGCAAGAGUUGACAAAUAUCAACUUGGAUGUUGAAGAAAAGUCUGCAGAUUCCAAAUCUCAGCAGUCUCAAGCUCUUCCAUCAUCAAUCCAAGAUCAACGCUUUGCAGAAUUCACUCUUUUCCCUAAACUCCCACUGGAGCUUAGACGGAAGAUCUGGGCAUUCACUGUAGAGUCACGGUUGAUUGAAGAGAAGUAUUGCAGACAUUUCGGUGAAGGACAUGGACGAUAUUGGAAAAAGUCGGUAAGAAGUCUCUUUCCUAUUAACAUUGUACCAUACAGUAGCAUGCCUGCUUCUUUUUGGGCUUGCUCGGAGAGUAGAGAUGAAGUCGCUAGGUAUUAUGAGGACAUUGCAGCUAUACCCGAGACUCGCAUGCUUUGCGAAGUGUGGCCGCAAAUGCCAAUUGAGGCCAUUCGUUCUUUACUACAAUCUAAUCCUUUCAGCCUAAACCAAGCAAUCGUCAACUUCAAACUCCUUUGCGAGGAAGACUCCUCGCAUCCCUUGCCACCAUCCGUACCUUUCAAUCCAGACCAGGACAUUAUCGGCUUCGAGAGUCUCACAUGUGUCGACGUUGGAGAAGACUAUGACUUGCACCCGGUAGCACGGCAGGUUUUUCACAAUACACCCUUGCCUUUGGACUGGGAACCCUGGCGCAAUGACCUUUUUCCCACCUACCAGCCAUUGAUCAUCCAUCCUUCCAUUGUCAAGAGAGUUCAAAUAACACCACGAUCACUUCUCCGUCGCUACUUUAAAGAUGACCGUUUUGAGAGGGACGGCUUGAGAAGGCCCUACAUGAUUUUCAUUGGGUUCAUCUAUCAAGACCUCAACGAGUUGAUUAUUCAAGACUUUGACUGCAAACUUCCCCACAAGCUUGAUUCGCCAGAGGAACGAGAGUUGUGGAAGGAAUGGAUUCUACGGAUGUUCAAAGUGGAGAGCGCCCACGAUGAAUAUGCAUCCGUGAGGGCAGGCUCUGCAUUCAAAGUCCCCAAAGUUGUGAUUCGUCCUGGUACCAAAAUUGCAAGACCAUGCGAGGACUGCAGUACAAGCCAGAAGAGGGAACAAAAGCGGGCUCGGGAUGUCAAAGAUAUUCAAUACUACUACAAGCACUUUGUCCUCAACUGCCCCGAAGAGGAUGAGGACUGUCAAAUUGGAGAGUAUUGGGACCUUGGUGAUGAUAGUUGA